UGAAGGGCGGGCUGUUAUUGAAAUGUUGACCAAUCACAGAGGGGACACGAAAUGCAUUGUGGGUGUACUGUUGAGCCAGGAGGAGUUGUAGGCUGCAAGCUUCCUCGGUGAAUUAGCAGCAGACCAAUUACAAGCACAGGAUGGAGUCCCCUGAAGCAGAGGCUUUAACGCACAGCGAAAGAAAAGACAACACUACACCAAGCACGUCAAAUGCGUCAGUUCGAGGAGAAGAUGGACCAACAAUGCCAAAGAAGGCAUCGUUGAAAAGGACCAAUGGUAAAUCUAACGGUGUAAAAGCCAAGAAGCAUAAAAAGGCCAGAGUCUCGAGGCCCGCCGGGCUAGGCUACACUGUCCAUCAAGGGGAAGACAUGCUUCUUGUCAUAUCGAGUUCCACUUCUCAGUACGAUGGUUCAGCCUGGAAACCCCCAAAGAAGGGUGGCAAAAAGAAGAAACUCAUUAAAGGAAAAGUGAAAGCUAAUCAGACCAAGAAAAAGCAAACAGUCCGUGCGGUGCCUAAACUGACGAAUAGGCCAGUUGCCAAGGAAAAAGAGGAGAGUAACUUGUUUGUGCCUCAGAAAGCAUCCGACCAGCGAUGGGGGGAAAGUCUUCCUGAGGAGGUGCUAAUCAGUAUUUUUCAGAUGGUGGUUGUCCAAGAUGGUGCUGUACCAUUUCUAUGCAGGGUCGGACAAGUCUGUCGUCUGUGGAACGCCGCUGCCGCCAGUGCGGUCUUGUGGCGUAACGUCACUGUAGGUCACUGCUGGAUUGCACCAGGAAAAUCUCAGCUCCCUAAAACUGAGAAGAAGAUUAAGGACACUUUUAACUGGCUGGCACAGAACAGAUUUUCUCAGCUUCGAGACUUUUCUCUCUGUCACUGGUCAAAGAAUGUUCCCUUUGCAGUUGAGAUUGUGUCGCAGUUCUGCCCUCACCUACGCUCCCUCAAGCUCUCCUACUGCACAGGCCUGACAGCGACAGCCUUCCACACUCUGGCUCUACACGGCCGGUCUCUGGAGAGCAUCAAUCUACAAUACUCCGAGUUUCAGGUUGAGGGACUCCUGGAGUACCUCGAAAAUCACGGCCGCCAGAUCAAACAAAUUCUGUUCACUCAUGGAUCAAAGAAUGACAGACUUCUCACCGCCAUCACGAGGGGGAACUGUCCUGAUUUGGAGUUGCUGGAGGUCAACACUAAGCUCGACAGUAAAGGUUGUGAGCUUCCCAUUUGCAUUCGGGCACUACAGAUGGCAUGCCCUAAACUCAAGACCUUCCGCAUGCUGAAUGUGAGACCUCUGCAUAAGAUGAUGCGUAAUGGUGCAGAAUCCACGUCAGGCUUCCCGUUGCUGGAGGAGCUGUGUAUCGCUACCACGUCGUAUUCCUACAUGACAGACAAAGACUUGAUGGACAUCCUCUUUGGCUCCACCAGGCUGCGGGUGUUGGACCUGCGAGGCUGUUCUCGAAUCACACCAUCCGGUCUCUCAACACUACCUUGUCUUGAGCUUGAGUGUCUGUUCUGGGGACAGUAUUUCAGCAGCAACGUUGGGUUGCCUUCACCUAAGAAUGGUCUUCACAUGGUGACCCAGAAAUGGAGUCGAACACUGCAACAGCUUGACAUCGGAAACCAGCUCUUCACCGAGGAGGACUUGGAGAUGGCGAUGAGUCACCUGGUUCUCUCCACAGAGGCAGACACCCUGCGUUCACUAAACCUGAGUGGCACCAGGAUCACACCAGCUGCCCUAAGGCCUGUCAUCAGGCAAGUCACGGCUCUAAGCUACCUAAACCUUUCCUCCUGCCGUUACUUUUCAAGAGGACUGAAGAGAAUAUACCGUGGCCAAGAAGACAUUCGCCAGCUCCUGGACAAAUUGGAGUAGUUGUUAAAUUAAUUUGGUUCCAGAAAUGGAUCCAGGCUUAGGUGAAUGCCAAAAUACACCUUUUUGUGUAUGAUUUGGUUCAAGUAAAGAUGGACAAUGGAUUGUUGUUGGACGAAAUGGUUUUUGUUAAUGCUUUUUUCUAUGUAUACCAUACUCAUGACACUGUUCAUGCAAAAGCCCUCCUUCCGGUUCUAGAAAGCAGAUGUGUGGAGUAUUGCUGUAAUUCUGUCAGCGAUUACAAGGUAAGAGCACUGUAUUCUAAAUAGCUUGGAGCUUAAAAUACAUUGAUAUAAAUGACCAUCUUUUAAUCUACAUAGGUGUGUAGACCACAGAUUCCUUUUUUUCUUUUUUGUUUUAAAUAAAUGUUUCCAAUAAUACCAUUCAAUGAUUUGUCAAUAGUAGACAUUGACAUCAUUAUUAUGAAGUGUCUUUGAAACUGUCUUUCCACUAGAGUACUCUCAAGGUAUAUGUACAUUAUGACAAAGUGAGGUCAUUCUUGUUGCAUUCACGCUGUUGUUGAGGGAAAAUAAUUAAAAUGUUUCUAAA